UAUACACACAGAUACAUGUACAUACACAGAAAUACACAUGCACAGACACAUGUAAAUACAUACACAUGUACAUACAUACAGACACAUGUACACACACGCACAUGUACAGACACAUGCACACACACACCCUAUAAAAAGUUGCAGUUCUUCAUUGUUCACUCACAGAGCCGGGUACUGCACUCCAGGGGAGGCAGAGAGCACAGCACACACUCCUUGCUUUGCUUUCACUACGCUCAGCUAUUGAGCAGUCCGACGGCUCCCAGUGCCAAUAACAGAUCCAGCCUGAGCUCCGAGCCUGCUCAGCAAGACGGCCCUGGGGGACACAUUUGCCCCCACCAUAAUUUCCACUUGCCAUUGGCGAGCAGGCGAGUGGAAAAUUCAAGGCCUGUGUUA